AUGCGACGAGCUUUCGGUCUUUUUCUUCUCAUUGGCUACAGUAAUCUACUCGUCGACGCGAUUAUCGAUGUCGCUUGGUGGUCCUCAGUCGCUCAACUCUCCACGAGUCCUUUAUUAGCUUCUUCUGCCGCGAGAUCACAAUGCACACAUCUCAAAGGUCUGUCACCGGGUCAGAGUCAAAUUUGUGAGCUUUUCUCGGAUCAUAUGCCUGCUGUUGGCACUGGAGCACACAAUGCGAUACAAGAAUGCCAACACCAAUUCCGUUCGCAUCGCUGGAAUUGUUCGACUCCAUUUGGCAGUGGAUACAUAGGACCGAUUCAUCAAUUGGGCACAAGAGAAGCCGCUUUCACUUACGCGAUUCUAUCAGCCGGUGUGGCGCAUGAAAUCGGGAAACGAUGCAAGAAAGGCGAACUCUCGUCAUGUACCUGUUCGCAAGAGCCAAAGCCAAAAGAAGUGGAAGACGAUUAUUCAUGGGGUGGAUGCGGGGAUAAUGUUGACUAUGGAUCAAGAUUCUCGAGAGAUUUCAUCGACAUUCGCGAGAAAGAGGAAAGUGUGAAAAGAUCGAAUGACAAUGGAAGAAGUUUGAUGAAUCGACGAAAUAACGAGGCUGGCAGAAAGAUCCUCAAACGGCACACGAAACCAAAAUGCAAGUGUCACGGGGUGUCGGGAGCGUGCAAUUUGAAGACGUGCUGGAUGCAAUUGCCGGCGAUUCGAGAUAUCGGUCAACACCUUUUGGACAAAUAUCGAACAGCAAAAAGGGUUCAGAUCAACAAUCGCGGGAAUCUUCAGCUAUUGGCAAAUGGAAAUGAAUACCCAGUGAAUCGAAUCGCGGGAAAGAACGGCUCAGAGCGGAAAGCUCGCGGUGUUCCGCCGACCGAUCUCGUCUUUAUGGAUGACAGUCCCGACUAUUGCAGAUACGAUCGAUCACUGGGCACAGUGGGCACCGAGGGACGGCACUGCAAACGUGGUUCUUCGGGAGCCGAGGGUUGUGAUGCGUUGUGUUGUGGAAGAGGAUACAAUACGCUCACAUUGGAGACUACAGCUAAAUGCAAAUGUAAAUUUGAGUGGUGCUGCAAAGUGGUGUGUCAAACGUGCGUCAACAGUACUCGAGUCGACAUUUGCAAG